UUUUUUUCUUUUUUUUUUUUUUGAAGUUUUAAUCUGCUUUCUAUAAAUUCAUUGCAAUGGCUACCAGAAAGAAAGUUUUGUUGAAAGUUAUCAUUCUAGGUGAUAGUGGCGUCGGUAAGACAUCGUUGAUGAACCAAUAUGUCAACAAAAAAUUCAGUGGACAAUACAAAGCUACCAUCGGAGCUGAUUUCUUGACAAAGGAAGUGAUGGUGGAUGACAAACUAGUUACGAUGCAGAUUUGGGAUACUGCUGGCCAAGAACGCUUUCAAUCUUUAGGCGUUGCAUUUUACCGUGGUGCCGACUGCUGUGUACUUGUUUAUGACGUGAACAACAAUAAGAGUUAUGAAUCGCUCAGUCAGUGGCAUGAUGAAUUCUUAGUACAAGCAUCGCCCCGUGAUCCUGAAAAUUUCCCAUUUGUGGUGUUGGGUAAUAAGAUUGAUGUGGAUGAAUCUAAGCGUAUGGUCUCUCAAAAGCGUGCUAUGGCAUUUUGUCAGGCCAAGGGAAACAUUCCCUACUUUGAAACUUCAGCUAAGGACGCUAUUAACGUAGAACAAGCUUUCCAAACGAUUGCAAAGAACGCUCUUCAACAGGAAACCGAUGUCGAGCUCUAUAGUGAUGUCAGCGAUCCUAUUCGAAUUGACAGUGAUAACAACAAAGAUUACAGUAAUGGUUGCGCAUGUUAAAUUGAAUGGAGAAAAAAAAAAAAAAAAGAAAAAAAAAGAAAAAA